AUGCCAGCAGUGAAAGGUGACGGUAUGCGUGGUUUAGCCGUAUUUAUUUCUGAUAUUCGAAACUGUAAAAGCAAAGAAGCCGAAUUGAAGAGGAUAAAUAGAGAGUUAGCAAAUAUAAGAAGCAAAUUUAAAGGAGACAAAAUGAUUGAUGGCUAUCAGAAAAAGAAAUAUGUUUGCAAGUUACUGUUUAUAUUUCUUCUUGGCAAUGAUAUAGAUUUUGGGCACAUGGAAGCUACAAAUUUACUCAGUUCCAAUAAAUAUACUGAAAAGCAAAUUGGCUACUUAUUCAUUUCGGUAUUAAUUAAUAAUAAUUCGGAUCUAAUCAAGUUAAUCAUUCAGUCGAUAAAGAAUGACUUACAGUCGCGUAAUCCUGUUCAUGUAAAUUUAGCUCUUCAAUGUAUUUCGAACAUUGGAAGUAAAGAUAUGGCAGAAGCUUUUGCUCAAGAUUUACCAAAAUUACUCGUGUCAGGUGAUACAAUAGAUUUUGUAAAACAAAGUGCUGCAUUAUGUUUGUUGAAGUUAUUUCGUACUUGUCCAGAUGUUAUUCCGCCCAGUGAAUAUGCAUCUCGAAUUGUUCAUUUGCUCAACGACCAACAUCUGGGUGUCGUUACUUCAGCUGCUUCAUUAAUUGAAGCUCUUUCAAAGAAAUGGCCUGAAGAAUAUAAAGGAUGUAUUUCAUUGGCGAUUUCUCGUCUGAGUCGCAUUGUUACCUCAGGAUAUACAGAUUUGCAAGAUUAUACAUAUUAUUUCGUGCCAGCUCCAUGGCUUUGUGUUAAAUUAUUGAGAUUACUUCAAAAUUAUCCAACACCUGAAGAUCCGAGUAAUCGCACACGUUUGAUGGAAUGCUUGGAAGGAAUCUUAAAUAAAGCUAUGGAUGCUCCAAAAUCAAAAAAAGUUCAGCAUUCAAAUGCCAAAAAUGCAGUUUUAUUCGAAUCGAUCGCAUUGAUUAUUCAUAUGGAUUCAGAACCAAAUUUAUUAGUAAGAGCAUGUAAUCAACUAGGAACUUUUUUAUCACACCGCGAAACAAAUCUCAGGUAUCUUGCGCUUGAAUCGAUGUGCUUAUUAGCUACUUCAGAAUUCUCUCAUGAGGCUGUUAAAAGACAUCAAGAAACAAUAAUCAGUAGUUUAAAAACGGAAAGGGAUGUAUCCGUUCGUCAGAGAGCAGUCGAUUUGUUAUACGCCAUGUGCGAUAGAUCGAAUGCAGCAGAAAUUGUUUCUGAGAUGCUAUCAUAUUUGGAAACAGCAGAUUAUUCGAUUAGAGAGGAAAUGGUACUCAAGGUUGCUAUUUUGGCAGAAAAAUAUGCUACUGACUAUACAUGGUAUGUUGAUGUAAUUUUGAAGCUAAUUCGUAUCGCAGGUGAUUAUGUUUCUGAAGAAGUUUGGUAUCGAGUUAUCCAAAUUGUCGUUAAUAGAGAAGAUGUUCAGGGUUAUGCAGCAAAAACCGUUUUUGAAGCAUUGCAGCGUCCGGCAUGUCAUGAAAAUAUGAUUAAAGUUGGUGGUUAUAUUUUAGGAGAAUUCGGUAAUCUUAUUGCCGGUGAUCCACGAUCAAGUCCUCAAGUACAAUUUCAACUGUUUCAUAGUAAAUAUCAUUUAUGCUCAAUCGCUACUCGGUCACUGCUUCUCUCGACUUAUGUGAAAUUCUGCAAUCUUUUUCCGGAAAUUAAAACAGUGAUUCAGGAGGUAUUCGCUAAUGAUCACAAUCUACGUAAUCCUGAUGCAGAAUUACAGCAGCGUGCUGUUGAAUAUUUAAAGCUUGCAAAAAUAGCAUCACCUGAUGUUCUUGCUACGAUUUUGGAAGAAAUGCCUCCUUUCCCUGAAAAGGAGAGUUCCCUUUUGGCGAAAUUGAAAAAAUCUAAACCUCGUGUUGAAGAACUCGAAAAUCAAACGAUAGAAAAAAAACAAAGGCCUGUUGCCGUUAUGAGUCAUGCAUUAGUUGAUAUUUUUGGUGCCUAUUCAACAGCAGAUUCUUCACUGAAUGGUGCAGCCGUUACUGGUGGUUUAGUAAAUGAUGAACCAGCAGUUGAAAAUUAUGCUGAUGUGCUUAAAUUUGUGACAAAAAAUAAUGGAGUUUUGUUUGAAAACUUUGCGAUUCAAAUCGGUUACAAACUGCAGACGCGAGCUAAUUUGGCUCGUCUUGGAAUGUUUUAUGGCAAUAAGACCAGUUCAUCGUUUAGUGAAUUUUAUACUUCAGUGAUGUGUCCUGGUCCACUUUGCUCUCAGUUAAUUGCACAGUGCAAACCAGUGGAUAAUAUGAUCGCAGGAGGUUCACAAGUGCAACAGCUGAUUAAUUUUGUUUGUGAGCGAGAAUUUUUUAGAAGCCCUCUUAUACAUAUUACAUUCAAUUAUUUAGAUGGUAUGGGUCAACAGCAAUUAUUUGAUAAAACAUUCGCUCUUCCAAUCUUUAUAAAUAAAUUUUUUGAACCUACAGAUAUGUCAUCGGAACAAUUCUUUACUCGAUGGAAACAACUUGCCCAACCAGCUCAAGAAAAUCAAAAAAUAUUUGCGGCAAAAUUACCCAUCGAUUCGGAGCAAAUAAAAGCUAAAUUAACUGGUUUUGGACCGAAGUUAUUGCUUGAAGUUGAUCCUAAUCCUGAAAAUUUUGUCUCCGCUGGAAUAAUUCAUACAAAAAUGCAGCAAAUUGGGACUUUAACACGACUGGAACCGAACAAACAGGCAAAGAUGUAUCGUCUAACAGUUCGCAGUUCACGUGAUACUGUAGCCAAGUAUCUUUGUGAAAUACUUCAAGAACAGUUUUAG